AUGAGUGUCAGUACUAAAGAGUCUCUGCUUGUCCACUACUGGUCCUCAGCACCACUCGUCCUCCUGCUCCUCUGUUCUGGUAAGAGACCCACAUUCCCACUGGAGAGACUUGGUGUUGAUAAAUGUGUUAUGAGACGUUAUGUUGUGAUAAGGUAUAGAGUAUAGGUACUGGCAAAUAUAUUCUGACUGGUUCUCUCUGUGUACGAAUAUGCCUAAAUUUGUGAGCUACUUAGUAUUGGCGAUAAUUCUAUAAAGCAUAGAAGAGGACUUGUUAUAAAUGAAUCAUGAAUACCACAUAACAACGUUAGCCAACUAAGACUGUGGAAGAUCACAACUGAUCAUCAACAAGGUCACUGCAUAGUGCAAAUAGCAUUAUGUACAGCAAUUAGGAACAAACUAUUGUCGAACAGAGCUGAAAUGACAGGACAAUUUCAAUAUUCAUACCCCUUCACUACUUCCACUUUGUUAUGUUACAGCCUUACUCUAAAAUGGAUAAAAUAGUUUUUUUCCCUCAUCAAUCUACACACAAUACCCCAUAAGGACAAAGCAAAAAUGUUUUUUAGAUUUUUUUGCAAAUGUAUAUAUUUAAAUAAAAAAAGAUUAGUAGAACAACAGCAUGUAUAUAUUUAAAUAAAAAAAGAUUAGUAGAACAACAGCAUCUAGUAAAGAUGAGGUCAAGCGUAUUGCCUGCCUUGUGAGUAGGGGGGGACGGUGAGAGGGUGAGGUCAAAAGAGGAGAGGAGUGGAAAGAAGGAGGCAGAGAGAAAUGAGUCAAAUGUAGACGUAGGGAGGUUGAAAUCCCCCAGAACUGUGAGGGGUGAGCCAUCCUCAGGAAAGGAACUUAUCAAGGCGUCAAGCUCAUUGAUGAACUCUCCAAGGGAACCUGGAGGGCGAUAGAUGACAAGGAUAUUAAGCUUAAAUGGGCUAGUGACUGUGACAGCAUGGAAUUCAAAUGAGGAGAUAGACAGAUGGGUCAGGGGAAAAAUUGAGAAUGUCCACUUGGGAGAGAUGAGGAUUCCUGUGCCACCACCCCGCUGACCAGAUGCUCUCGGGGUAUGCGAGAACACAUGGUCAGACGAGGAGAGAGCAGUAGGAGUAGCAGUGUUUUCAGUGGUAAUCCAUGUUUCCGUCAGCGCCAAGAAGUCGAGGGACUGGAGGGUAGCAUAGGCUGAGAUGAACUCUGCCUUGUUGGCAGCAGAACGGCAGUUCCAGAGGCUGCCUGAGACCUGGAACUCCACGUGGGUGGUGCGUGCAGGGACCACCAGGUUAGAGAGGCAGCAGCCACGCGGUGUGAGGCGUUUGUAUAGCCUGUGCAGAGAGGAGAGAACAGGGAUAGGCAGAGGCAUAGUUGACAGGCUGCAGCAAAUGGCUACAAUAAUGCAGAGGAGAUCGGAAUGAAAUGAACUAAACAUCUGGGAAAGGAGAGAGCGGGGCCUCCCUCACCACAACUCCCAAAUAUAACUCUCCCAACUUCCACCUCAGAAACUAUAAUUGUUGUAAACUACAGCGGUUCAAUGUUUUCUAGGAAUAGACUAACUUAGUUUAUUCAGCUAGCUAACUAGGUACAGUAUUAUUCCAUGAAAAUCGUCCGGGCACCUAGUCAUAAGACGCCACAGCCAGCUAGCAUGCCGGACUCCAACAACACGGUUUAGCGCCAAUACUCGGCCACAACAAACCACUAGAGUAUCAACACGAAAGCAGAUCGUUCGUGUCCGUGUCUAACGUUGUGGGUUAGUCCCGACAGCUUGAGCGAGUCCGUCGUCAACUUAUUCAGCCAGUUAGUUAGCUAGAAUAGUUAGCAAACUAGCUAGCCAUUGCUUUCAGACAAAGAAGAACCCCUCCUUUCACGGCACAAACACACAGAGAGAGCCAAACUAACGUUAACUAGUCACCCAUGUCCCGAAUUCCUUGAAUGACUCGGGCUACCAAUAUGUAAAAAACAAAACACGAAUGUAGGUUAUGACUUACCCCUAGCAGCUACUGUUAGCUAGCCAAGUGCAAAGCUAGCCACUGAAUUGACUCAGCCAGUUCGCGUCUGUUCGCUAGGUCGUUCCAGCUAUUGUUUACUAGUAGCUAUCCAGGUAGCAACACGCUAGCUAAAUUUCAAGCACAGUAGCCACUUGCUACCUAACGUUAACGGUUCAGACAAUGAGGUUAGAAAACAGCUGAAUGGUAGGCAAUUAUUGUAUGUAAUUAUUGUAGGCAGCCAGCUGGCGUAAUUACAGGCACUCUCAGGCGUGAAACAACUAUACCGUUGCUAAUAGCUACUCGCCAGCUAGUCCAGGUGGUGGGCUAGCUAGCUAGCUUCGUGCUACACCGGGCACAGCCAAAUACAAUACUAACCUACAAUAAAUACAUACAACAACCCACGAUAACUACCUACAAUACCUAACUACAAUCUAAAUACAUAGUUUAAGCCUUACUCGACAAAGCCCAAGCUAUGUAUAAAGCCAAGCUUACCCGACGCCAAGCUUACCCGACGACCUCCUCCUUCGACCUCCCCCCAGAGGCCCUGUCAACUUAUAUAGACAGGUGUGUGCCUUUCCAAAUCAUGUACAAUCAAUUGAAUUUACCACAGGUGGACUCCAAUCAAGUUGUAGAAACAUCAAGGAUGAUCAAUGGAAACAGGAUGCACCUGAGCUCAAUUUCGAGUCUCAUAGCAAAGGGUCUGAAUACUUAUGUAAAUAAGGCAUUUCUGUUUUUCAUUUUUAAUACAUUUGCAAAAAUUUCUAAAAACCUGUUUUCGCUUUGUCAUUAUGGGGUAUUGUGUGUAGAUUGAUAAGGAUUUUUUUUUUUUAAUCCAUUUUAGAAUAAGGCUGUAAGGUAACAAAAUGUGGAAAAGUGAAGGGGUCUGAAUACUUUCCGAAUGCACUGUAUCUCUCAUUUUACAUGAUUAUAGAGAACAAAGUUAGAAACGUGUGUCGAUAUUUUCAUGUUGGUGUAAGAUCGUCCCAAAAUAAGUCACCCCCUCCCCUCCAGGUUGUUUUGCAGACAGCAGGGUGAGAACUUCUGGUAACAUCACAGCAAAGAUUGGUCAUGCUGUGACUCUGUCCUGUGAGCUGUCUGGAGACGGGGAGGUGUCCCAGGUUGAGUGGAGAAUUGGAGGGUGUGAUGGCCAUAGGAUACUGGUUUCUAACACAAACAACCCAAUUGUCGUGGAGCCGGACUAUAUCAACCGUGUCUCUGCUGUGACGAUGCGUGGAUACACGUUACUAGAAACACAGAGGAAUGACGCUGGGCCGUACUGCUGCUCUCUCACAACCUUCCCACAUGGGACUCUGAAUGGUCGCCUUUAUUUGUAUCUGAGUGAAUACACACAAACAGGUACUGCCCACCUUCACCAACUCCAAACCAGGCUAGCAUGUACCUCACAUAUUUCUCUUCUACGCCAAGUUGUUCUGCCACAGAAGCACCUAGUCACCAAGAUGACACCCACAGCCACCUAGUCACCAAGAUGACACCCACAGCCACCACGCACGUGCUUUCGGAACUGUCACACUAACCUAUACGUCAGCUAUUGUAAUAAUCUGGAUGUAGAAAAUAUAAGAUAUUUCUAACUAGUUCCCUCCUGUUUUGUCAGCCUUCGGUGAAUCUCCUCUCAUAAUGAUUGUGUCCAUUGCGAGUGGGAUUCUGGGAGUGCUGGUGCUGGGAGGGACCAUAAUGGCACUGUUGCUCUGUAAGGUGAGACCCACACAUCUACCCAUAACACCUCUCUCACUUCAUAGCUAUUUCAGCCUGGUUCUGAGAGAGGGCUAGAGAUGAAAUUAUCUAAUGCCCUUAGGUGGCUAUAAUCGGAACUGCAGUGUAGCUUGGUGGCUGCGAUUGAUACAUGUUGUGACGCCAAGCUGCUAUACAACCCAAUUUCUCUCCAAAGUGUUUAAUGGCACAUUCCUAUAUUCACAGAGGUGUAGAAGACCAGUGCAGGACCCUGUGCAUGUGGCAGUUCAUCCACAGGGGUUUCCACAAAACCACCCCUCCAUCCUCCAGAACAGCCAGGCCCAUGCUCCCCCACCACAGAGGAGUAACAAUGAGGAGGAGGAGGAGGAGGACAGGGACAUGGAUUACUUGAACAUUGCAGUGCUUCGCCUCCCCAGAAUUCCGCCUACUGCCUCGGGGAAGAGAUAG